UUUCUUAAGCCGCCAAACUCACGACGAACAAAAGGUGUGUAAGCCAUGACGCACAAAGCCAAGAAAGCUAAGAUUGACAUGACCUGUGGGGUGUGCUCGGAAAGCUUGUCGGGUAAAGCCGUGUUCAUGGCCGAGUGCAUGCACAUUUUCCACUUUACCUGCAUCACCAAGCCCUGUUGCCCUGUUUGCCAAACCACCUGGAAAAACAAUCUUCCUUUCUUACCCUCUCAAACUCCACACACUACCUUUUCUUUCUCCGACGACGACCCCUUGCCACCUGUUCCCAAUCCCCCGCCCUUGUCGAAAGUAAUGAUUACAGCUGUCCCUGAACGCCCUGCCGUAGCUCGCUCCGAAUCUCUCUCCGAAUUCGCCAUCCACGUCCGCAUAAAGGCUCCAUCUCUACCUAAAAACCCUUCCCUUCGCACCCCCAUCGACCUCGUCGCCAUCAUCGACGUCAGCGCCAGCAUGAAAGGCCCGAAGGUAGCCCUCGCGAAGCAGGCCCUACAUUUCACAAUCGACAAUUUGGGCCCACACGAUCGCCUCUCCAUUAUCUCCUUCUCCCACGAGGCCCAACGGGCUCUUCCCUUGCGCAGAAUGACCGAGGAAGGCCGCUCGGCCGCCAAGCUCGCCGUGGACUCGUUCUCAUUCUCCGCCGCCGCCGCCGCCGUUGCCACCGACAUCCUCGUGGGGCUCACGACCGGUAACCGCGUUCUCGAAGAAAGACGGUACGCGAGCGGGAUCUUCAACACGGAAGGGUCCCACGAGGGGAGGGUCCACAUAGGCGACCUCUACGCGGAGGAGGAGAAGGAGUUUCUCGUGGUGGUGUCGGGAGAAUCCGUGGAGGUUGGAUUUGGGCCGGUUCGGAUAAAGCGUCCCAAAUACGUGGAGGUUGAGGAUAUGGGGGUGAGUGCGGAGGUCGAUAGGGGGAGGAAUAGGAUUUGUGUGGCCAAGGGGAUUAAGGAGGCUCGGAGGAUGGCGGAGAGAGGAGAGAUGGAGGGGGCGAGAGGAGUGGUGGCCGAGAGGAGAAGGGUUGUUAUGGAGUCGGUGGCGGGAGUUGCGGGGGAUGGGAUGUGCAAGUGGCUUGAGCAAGAGAUGGAGGAGAUGGAGAAGAGGCUCGUUAAUGAAGGGAUGUACCGGAAAGGCGGGAGAGCGUUUGCGUUUGCGAUAAUGAGUUCGCACGCUAUGCAGAGGGCUACUGUUAAAGGCGUUGCGGCGAGUGGCGGUGCGUAUAUGACUCGGUAUAUGACUGAAAUGGUCGUCGGGUCUCGGGGACUUGACGAUGCUCAUGGGAAAGAUUAG